UCCAGCCCUGGAGAGGAAAUUGCAACAUGCAGUUUCUCAGACGUUGCUGUGAGCAUGGAAAGGUUGAGACUGUGUGUCAGCGAGAUGACUUCCACUGGAAACAGGGUUUACACUUUCUCCAUUGUGUCUAUGGACAAAGUGCUACUCCUGUAACCCAAACCCGCUCACACGGUGUCUGUCUCCUGGAACCGGGGAACGGAACCUACCGGUGGAAAUCCUUGCGUUACAGGUGUGUUGUAAGCAGGCACAAAGGACAUUUCUCAUUUGUGACAUGGCUGUGGAAUCUAUUACUCUGUUGUUCUUCACAUGGAUCAUCAGUGUUGGUGCGGCAUCACACAACGAAUCUUUAGAACAGGGUUUCUGUAUAGAUCAUGGAGCAACGUUCGAGCGUGUGUUUGCAGUCCCACAUGAGGCAGCGUUAUUAGACUGUGAACUGGUGAAGGAUAUUUUUUUAGAUUAUUUAAACAUCCCUUAUAAUGUGACGUGGUACAACCAGAUGACCGGCCUAAAGUUCACAGGAGAAGAGAACCAUGUUCUACUACAUGGGUCUUCGUUGAUGUUCCUUAACAUCAGCAUGGAACACCAGGGCCAUUACUUAUGCAUUGUCAGAACUCCAAAGGAGUGCUAUAAGCAGGUGAGGGUUCUGGUGGUGGAGGAGAUGAUGUCUGGAGCAUGUCGCCGUCCUCAGACAGCAUUGCAGCGAAUGCAUGGUCAAAUGAAUGAUAACCUGAGAUGUCCUUUAAGUGAUUUUACCAGCAAAGUGGACAGCUACUCUAUACAUUGGUACAAGGGCUGUGAGCUUCUUCAGGAAGGGUCCAGGUUUCACUUCACUGACAAUAACCUCAUGCUGAAUGUCUUCAAAGUUUCUCCCAACGAUGCUGGGUUUUAUACUUGCAAGAUGAUCUUUAACGUCAGUGGAGUCAGCAGUGUAGCCACAGAGACUAUUGAGUGUGACAUAGUCGAGACAAGAUCAAAAAAACCUCAAAUGAUUGAGCCAACCGAAGACACCUUGAAAAUAGCUCCAGGUUCGGCGAUUAACAAGGCGUGCCGUGUGUUUUUACCUGGCAAAGGAGUCCAAAUGAUGAUUAUGUCCUGGGAUAUGAAAGGCAAUUAUGUCUCCUCAAACACCUCUGAGCGUAUCCACCAAGAACCCCUCCGGGAGCUCGAGGUGGCUGAGGGUUGGCAGGUGGAGCGAAUCUUGUUGGUGUCUCAGGUAUUGGAGAAAGAUUUUAACCUAAACUUUACCUGCAGGGCCGUAAAUCGCAGAGGAACUGCUGUUGGCUACUUCGUACUUCAGCCUGCAGAUCCUGAUCUAAUCCUGCCGAUUGCAUUUCUGGCCACCACAAUACUUCUUCUUUUCGUCCUGGGAUUUCUCCUGUACAGAGAGUUUAAGGUGGAGUUUGCACUGCUCUUCCGGACCCUGUUUCCUUUCUUGUAUCCGAGCUCAGAGGGUGAUGGGAAACUGUAUGAUGCUUAUGUGGUGUAUCCCCGAAUUCACGGGGACACAUUGAGUGAAGCGGUUGAGGCUUUUGCUGUGAAGACGCUGCCAAAGGUCCUGGAGGAACGCUAUGGAUACCGACUCUUCAUCUUGGGCCGGGACAAUCUACCUGGACAAGCUAUGGCAGACGUGGUAGAGGAGACAAUGAACCUCUGUCGUCGACUGCUGCUGUUAUACACUGGCUCAUCUCUAACCAGUUCAGACGGGUCAUCGUGGCUCGAGCAGCAGGCAGGCUUCCAUCAAGCCUUACUAGAUGACUCACUCUCUGUGAUGUUGCUAGAGAUGGAGCAGCUCAGUGAUCCUUCCAUCCUCCCCGAGUCACUGCGUCUCCUGCGCGAUAAACAGGGGGCUCUACAGGCCUGGAAUAAGCAGUGGAAUUGGAGGUGCACAAGUAUGAAGGAAGCUACAGAAGAAAAUGAAAAGUCUCUCUCUUCGUUUACUUUGUCUGCUCGUUUCUGGAGGAAAGUGCGCUACUACAUGCCAGUGAGAGGCAAAGCCAAGCUUCACUCGAAGAGAAAAUUUCUAUUUACCGUGUGAAUGAUGACUGGAAUCGUGUGUUGAGAAUGUUAAAAUGAGUAACAGAGCUCAGGAAGCAGUGUGGUUAAAGUGCGCACUUGAGUGUUCACUUCUGGCUGAAAUGUCCACAGAAGAUCACUGCAGUCUGAUCGAAAUAAACAGUGAGACCUCUCACAAAUAACAUGAAAAAGAAUGUAAGAACACAGAGAAUGGUUUGCUUUAACUCAAGGUUCAUUUGUGAAUUUCAAGCACACUUCUGCUCAACCUUGGAAGCACAAGCUGAAGAAAACAGUUGGUUGAGUAGGUUGAGGUUUCUUGUUUCUAGCAAGCAGGAAAAACAUAAAACAAACAAACCACAGUAAAUAUUGUGUAAAUAUUCUCACACACACACACACACAGUACUCUACAUACUCAAAAAAAAAAAAACUUUUGCAUAAUUUCAUAGAGGUUUAACACAAAAGGCCAACACAACAUCUGUAGCUUUGAUGUUUUAUAAAGUUUGUUGUUGUGUACUCUAUUGUUUCGUGAGUCCUGAUCUAGUUUCAGAGAUUUAGGUUUCAGCAAAAGCACAUGUUCAUAUUAAAAAAACAGUACUUUCCAAACAGUACGUAAAGGAAAAAAGAAGAUAAUGUAGCUUUUAUGCCAUUUGUGUCACUGGUUCUUUUCAUGUGAUUAUAUUUAUGAUCUUAAAGUCAGUUUUCAGUCAUCAAAUAUGAUGCCAUCUGCUAUUGCUUGUAAAUGAUAACACAGCAGGGAGAGGCAUCAGCUACAAAUAUCAAACAACACAGCUGAAAAACCAAAGCAUUAUCUAAAGCAGAAUUCAUGUUAUCAACAAAAAAACCUUAAAACAAAAUGUUUUUCACAGACAUCACCGCCAUAUUCUGACAGGUGCCUAAUUUACUGAUGUUAUGUUAACAUUAUUUAAUUCUUUAUUGGUUGAUAGUAAUAUAGAAUUAGGUAAUAUUGGUCUUUGAUUUAGUCGACUGGCUUUAAGAGCAUGUCAUCUGCAAUAGGACUACUAUGUGUGCUUAAUAUUUGACUGAAUGAUGCACUUAUUUCUAUUAAAAGAAAGAGAAAUGAUGAGUCAUGUAGAUAUUCUUUAUUAAUUUCAUAUUGCUGUGUGUAUAAAUUACUAUAACAGAACAUUAUAGUUAUAAUUAUAACUAUAUAUGCUAUUGUACAAGGAGAAGAUGAAUCUAUAAAGUUUUUAUCUUACCCUAUGCUAAAUAUACUUUGGCUGUAUUGUUGAUUUUGCAGUUUUAUUGUAUUUUUGUAAAUUUGUAUAAAGUUGUUGCUGUUUUUA